AGCGCUUGUUGUUCCGUCUCAGCGCAGAUCGGUCAGUGCGCAGCUGAAGGCGCUGAGGUUCAGUCCGCUUUCCGACCAAGUCCGCUGUCUCACAAACCUUUUUUAAAGUCAUUAUUAUCUUCAUAUUUUUUUUGGGAGGAACUGUUUGGUUUUUAUGAGAGGAGUCAAAGUGUCCGGAUGGAGAAGCACAAAGUGCUGGAUCAGCUCAUGAUGGAGCUCCACCGCUUCCUGCUCAUCCUGGACAAGGAGAACCUGAGCGGGAACGCCACCAUCCAGAAGGGCCUGCUGUCGGACCUCCUCCAGUCCUACAAGUCGUCGAGCGGUGCUGAUGAAGAAUACAUUUACAUGAACAAAGUCCUUGUCAGUGGAUCAAAGGACAGCGGCGACAAAGACGAGCGAUCUGACGCCCUGGUCAAUGGAAAAGUGGCGAAAAAUGUCCCAGUGCCACAGAAGAGCCUUCCUGACCUGCCGCCGCCCAGACCUGGUGUCGUAGGCAGAGAACCCUUUCCCUUGCCUGCAAUUCCAGUUCCAGCCUGUAUCGACUUUUCAGAGAGCUACUAUGAAGAGGCCCAGCCCUACGAGGAAACUGUCAAUGAUGACGGAGAGGCAGUCAGCAGUUCAUACGAGUCCUACGAUGAGGAGGAAGCGGCCAGAGAGAAGUCGACAUCAGCUCAGCACCAGUGGCCGUCGGCUGAGGCGUCCAUUGAGCUGAUGAAGGAUGCUCGCAUAUGUGCCUUCCUGUGGAGGAAAAAAUGGCUUGGCCAGUGGGCUAAACAGCUCUGUGUUAUCAAAGACUAUCGCUUGCUGUGCUACAAAAGCUCCAAAGAGCAAACGCCUCUGCUGGAUGUGAGUCUGCAGGGCUGCAGCGUGACUUACAAAGAGAAUAAGCCCAAGAGAAAAGAGCACAAGCUGAAGAUCAUCCCAGUCGGAGGGGAGGCCAUCGUUCUGGGUCUGCAGAGCAAAGAACAAGCGGAGCAGUGGCUGAAGGUUAUUCAAGAAAUCAGCCCCAAGCCAGCUGAAAACUGUGACCUCCAACACUCUGCGUCUGAGUCACCAAGGCUUAUUUGCUCAAAGGGCGAGCUGAACGAGAGAUACUCGGUGGCUUCAGAGAGCGGCAGCAGCACGGACAGCCACGCUGAAACGACAGAAAACAAAGAUGUGAAGAAAAAAUCUGGUGCAGGUUUGAUGUUCAGCAACCUGAUGAACAUCGCCAAGAGAAAACCCUCGGCGUCAGAGAGUCUCGAGAAAAGCAUUGAGAACUCAGGCUACGUCAACAUUUUGGUGAACAGCCAGUGGCGUCCCUGCUGGUGUCUCAUAAAGAACGGCCAGCUGUGGUUUUACCAAGACAAGGGGAAGAGCAAACUGAGCCAGCCAGCUGUGACGCUGGAGGGCUGCAACAUUUCGCCUGACCCCAGCCCUGAGCACCUCUACUCCUUCAGGAUUGACCUGGACGGCACACAGCUGGCUACUCUGGAGGCAAAAUCAUCAUUAGAUAUGGGGAACUGGUUGGGCCUGUUGCUGUCACAGACAGGGACCAGAACCGACCCAGAGGACCUCACUUAUGACUACGUCAACGCUGAGAGAAUCUCUACCAUCAUCAGCGCUGCAAAGACUUCAUUAUACUUGAUGCAGAGGAGGUAUUCAGAGCCAAAUACUUAUAUAGACGCAAUUCCUUCCAUUUCUCAAGACUCAAAUGAGCUGUACGACGACGUGGCAUCCUUAGCUGAUCCUGAGGAUGCUGGAGAGAGCAGCGAGCCAAACUGUGAGGGCAACAGAGUCCAAGAGGAUAAUGAGAUGCAGUCAGAAACUACUAAGUGGUGUACCGAUGCCGAGCAAGACAACAACAGCAAAAUUUAUCUGGACCUAGUUCCUUUGCCCUCCUUCCUCCAUCCAACCAGCGGAUCUAAAACGUCGCCUCACAAGGAAACCUCCAGAGAGUCUCCAGUCCAUGCAGAGGAACAGGAUCCCUCGAGUCAAAAUAAGGAGGUCGUUACUGAGCCAGAUUCAGCGCCUGCGUUAAACGGACCAACUUCAACCUCUGCCGCAAGCAAGCCAGAGCAACAGUCAUCACCGACUCCCAACUGUGCACUGCUUCAACCUCCACAAGCCAUGACCUCUUCCCAAGGACAGGAGAGCUCCAAGAGGUUCAGUCUUGGAGUCUCGCAAGCCUUCAGCUCUACUGGGGCACAGAUCCAGAAGAGCCCAGUGGUCCAGACUGUUAGUAACCUGUUCCCCAAAAGCCCACAACUUGCACGGCCGAAGGCACAUACCAUAGGGAGUUCCAGUGCUGUUGAGGUAAAACUGGGCAAGAACCGUACCGAGGCGGACAUGCGUCGCUACACGGACGAGCGAGAUCGUCUGGAGAAAGAGCGAGAGGAGGUGAAGAGCAGUCUGGCGAACCUGAAGAAGGAGAGGAGGGAGACCAAGGAGGAACUCGGCGCCUGCCAGGAUCCUAAGCGUCAGGCCACCUUAGAGGCUCAACUGAAGCAGAGGGAAGAGGCGUGUCGAGAGGCGGAGCGCCACAGGGUAGAGGUGGAGCUUCGGCUGGUGGAAGUGAAAGAAAGUCUGAAAAAAGUGGAGUCGGGGCCUUUUACACUGGGGACCACCCUGAACAGCAGCCUCCAGGACUCCCCCACGACCAAAGCUGCAACCCUGCCCACUCCCCACCCAUCGUUAUCAGCAGCAUUGUCAUUGCCGUCUUCUUCCUCUUCCCAACCCUCUAACAACACCGCCGGCGCAGACUCAGCCUCUCCAGUCAACUCUGCCACAGCUCUUAAAAACAGACCCGCCUCGUUCACGCCCACGAAAGGCAAAGUGUUGCAGAAAGCGAUGGAAUGGGAGAAAAAAUCCACCACCUAGACGCAAACGAUCCACAAGCUCAAACUGCCCAACCCCUCCUCUCCACGGAACCUCGUCAGUGUUGUACCAAGACUAUGAAGAGCCAAUCAGACAGAAGCACAAGCUGCCUUCUCGAAUACCACUGGAGAUUCUUUAACACAAAGACUUGUUGACUUGUUUUGCUCGAAUCGCAAAGGAAAAACAAACUGAUGUAGCAGCGUUACGGCCGAUGCAGCAGACGCACAGAAAGGAUGCUGCAGCGUUUGCAAACAGCCRAACAAUACAAAACCACUAAUGUUGAAGGGAUGGUUCCGAUUUUUUGGAUUACGGGUGUGUGGAAAAGGUAUGAAUAAUUAAUAUCUUACCUGUUGCAGAUGGCUUUUUAUACAAACUCAAUCUGGAAGAUUUGGGCCAAAACCAAAUUUUGGCACCACUUGGAGCUGUUGGAUUGACAGUCCAGUCAAAAAUAAUCAUAGUAGUUUAUGUAAUGCAACAUUAAUGUUGAUGUAAAGGUAUAAAUCAGAGAAAUAUAACCUAGUAUUCACACAACCCCUACUUCAAAAUAUCUGAACUAGCCAUUAAAGAAAGAAAGAAGCCCCCUCUUCUAAAUUGUCCAUUUUGUACAUUUUUAGAUUGUAGCUUGGUUCAUGUAUGCUGGUAGCCAAGAUGUAAAUAUAUUUACGCCUUUAUUCAGCCUUUUGGCUUGUAUUGCUAGCUAAACUGCACUUUUUAUUCAAAUAAAAAUGUCCUGAAGGGGAAAAAAAACUUGA